AUGAUCGGGGACUUCGAGUACCUGCAGCAGCGCGUGGCGCUCCGUGUGGAUGUCAUGCGGCGCCACGUCGCGGGGGUGGCCGAGGUGGUGCUGGCUCCCCGAGCCGCUGAGCUGCGCGUCCUGCGGCUGCACGCGCGGCAACUCAAGGUGAAGAGCGUGCGCAUUAACGACGUCGAGGCCAACUUCGAGCAACUUAACUUCCUAGACGAGAUCGUGGACGAAAACUACCGCGACUUGGCUACAUUCGACCUGUUCUACCGUGGCGCUAUCGUCGCCUCAAAGGAGGGCGAGCUGAUCAUCGAAAUUCCGAGAGACGUCACGUUCCUAGAAGACGAGGAGGACGACGAGGACUCGAGCAACUUAAGAGAUCAACAAGUGGAAAAAGACGACGACGACGACGAAGAGACAGAAGUUGGUACUCAUAAAGAACAAAAGUUGGUACUCGAUGCCUGGGACGUCGAUCGCCUGCCCAAAAGCUCCACAGAGUUUUGAAGGCUCGAACAAAGCGGGCUCCUUAGCAACACGG